AUGCCUCAUCGCUGCGCUUUUGGAUGUAAAAACACCAACAGUGGUGUGGUGAUGCAUAUGUUUCCAAAUCCAAAAAGAUUUCCUGAGCACUUCCAUGCAUGGGUAAAUCUUCUCGGAGGAAAGUUUGAAAGAUUAUCAGAUCAUGAAAUCUACAUAAGAAAGAGGAUUUGUGAUAUACAUUUCACUGAUGCACAUAGAAAUCGGUAUAAGCGCCUCAAUGCAUUAGCAAUGCCUACAUUGUAUCUACCAGUUGAUAAUCUGUUUGAUUCAUUAAAUGUUGGCACUUUAUCUGUUCAAAAUGGUAAAAUUUAUAAAGGGCCUAUUAAACGCAAUUUACCUCAUCAUCAAUUAUGGCAAAAAGCUAAAGAAAUAUUAAAAACUACAAAAUAUGUUAAGAAAGUUAGAUUUGGAGAUAAAACACGAUUGACAGAAACUAUUGCACCAUCUAUAACAAAUUUAAUUAAAACUGUAGAGGGUAUAGAAUCUCUUUGGAAGUUAUUGUCUAGAAAAUAUGGCAUUGAUGCAAUGUUGACAAAAAAUUUCAACCAAGACCCUAUAGAAAACUUUUUCGGGAAUUUCAGGAGUUAUGGUGUUAGAAACAUUGCUCCAAAUACUGUCUCAUUUGAGGGGGCCUUCAAGGCUUUGAUGAUAAAUAAUUAUAGUGAGCCCCAUUCAAGUGGAGCAAAUUGUGAAGAAGAUCACAAUGAGUGUCUUCAAAGUUUGGACUUCUUCCUUAAAGAUAAGAACAUAAUAACUCCUGAUAUCCCUGAUACUAAUGAUACUAUUCAUUUUAACAGUGAAAUUUGCUUUGACCAAUCCAAUGAAAUUAACGCUGGUCAAAGCAAUUAUGUCUGCGGAUGGGUUUUAAAGAGAUGCCUUAAAUUUAUAAUAAAAGGUUGUCAACAUUGCAAACAAACAUUGUUUGAAAAUGAUAUAUCAAAUGACAAUAAUUCAUAUAUCUAUGCCAAAGAGUACAUGAAUAAAAAAUGGCUGUGCUAUCCUAAUAAAGAAGUGGAAUCGUAUUUCAAAGAAAUCCAGAAUAUGACCACUUCUUUUUUUUUU